AUGUCGUUAACACGCCCCAUCUCCACCCAGCGACCAGCUACCAACCUCGCGCCCCAGUCCAGUCCCCUCUCGCCCCCUUCAUCCUCACCCUCCCUGUCCUUUUCCACCUCGACUUCGGCGUCCAGCGAAUCAUCCUCGGCCUCCCUGGUGGAUCUCGUCCGGGGCAUGGGUAUUGACGAAGGGAUUAGGGUGGGCAGUGAUGACGGCUUGGACGUGGGAGGGGAGCUCUCCAGGGAGGGGCAAGGGGAGGCUAAUUUCAAGCGACAUCGGCCGUCCUUCCUCACUCGAAGCGCGGAGCAAACUGCGUCACCAAACACCCCCAACUCUCAAACCGUCAGCGAGAACGAAAGUCCCUUCCACAGAUACUCUCCCACGGGCUCCGUCGCAAGUACCGCAAAGGACGGUAUCACACCUCGCGCAGAGAUUCCUCAGCCUAUAUGGCCGCUGUCAACGGUCAAGACGGACAAGCGGCUGGCAGCAAGGCGGCUGGAUACCGAAGUGCCCCCUUCGGAAACGCCGAGGGGGACCGAGGCGGAGGUGAAGGGCGCGUCUGAAGAGAGCUCGCCCACGCUCCCCACAUUUUCUCCGCUUAGCGCACUGGAACCCACCCCGGUUACCACAGAACCCUCAACCAUGCGGUAUGCCUCGGGCGGACAAGUCCCAACAAAGAAGUCUCCCUCCCCUCGCCCUCAGCCUGGCUCCCACAUCCUUGCCGCCUCCACCAAGACUGGCUGCUACAUAUCAGAGCCAAUCUCUGCGCCAGAACACUACCCCCUCCCCAUGUCCGCUUCGACAUCCUCAUCCUCAUCCAUCCAUUCCUCGGUCACGUCCAACUCGUCGGCAAUGGCGACAACCCCUCCGCCUCCACGCUGGGCUAUGCCCCCAGCGCACACCAACAAGAUCUCCGGGAGAGCCAAGAGCUUUGGCGACGCCAUGAUGGAACGGCCGGACGUGGACUUUGAUCCUGAGCUGUUUCAAGUGCCAGAGUCUGAAGGGGAUGAUGAGAUUGAGGUGAUCAAGGGGAGCGGCGGCAGAAUCGCUCUGCGAAGCACGAGGACAGUGUAUGAGAUCAUGGUGUGGCUGCCGGGGUUCAGUUUGGAGAACAUCACCAUUGCUACGCGAGGCAGGGGGAACAUCAACAUUGUCGCUGAUCGCUGGGAAGAAGGAGAUCAUGCUCAGUGGGAUGUCAAGCUUGGAGAUGACGCCAAUAUGCGAGCCAUUGGAGCCAAAUUCGGCGGGCAUGAUCUGAAAGUCACCAUCCCCCGAGAACAGCGCCACCACUCUUCCAGCAGCCGUCUGGGCCAAAGCCGGUCUGGUCAGAAGCCCAAACUGUCCAUCUCCACGCCCGCCACCCCUAACGGCGAGGCCUCCGAGAAACUGGCCGACCCACCCGCCGACUUUUGGGCGAAUCAAUGGUCCCCCCACGCAAUGACCCGUCGACUCCCAGCGAAAAAGACGUCCCUCAAGACGAUCUGA